AAGUGGACUGGCGUGGUAACACGAGGUACUUAGUGAAAGACGAGUUCUAUAUUGUAAUGAAUAUUAAUUAGUGAAAGACGAGUUCUAUAUUGUAAUGAAUAUUAAUUUAUUUACUGUUUCUGAUUAAUGCAUAAUUACGUUACAGAAAGUUUUAGUGUGUAUUUUUUUCUUUAUAAAAAGUUUUACUAAAAUUUGCAUCGCUACUGGCGUCAAACGUCGGUACCUUGCCCCUGGACACUGCCUUUUAUGAAGUUCACCGAGAACAAUUUGAGUAAUCCAAUGUAUCAGCCGACGGGUCCGGGCCAGCCAAUAUUGCCACAAUAUGGCGCCCUGGCAGGGGGGGUUCCACCACCACAGGGUCCUGCCCCACCUGGAGUCCCACCCAACCCCAUGCAGCAAGCACCACCUGCCCAGCUGAUUCCACCAAACGGAAGACCUACAAUGGACCCUCGCUUCCCCAUCGCUACUGUGGCACGCGAUAUCGACUUCCAAGCUCCUCCCAGACCAAACCAAGGUCAAGUUGGGAAACCAAUCUGGUUAAAAGCAAACUACUUUAAAGUUUCCAUUCCUAAUGGAGAUAUUCAUCAUUAUGAUAUUGAUAUUAAACCUGACAAGUGUCCACGACGAGUAAACAGAGAGAUUAUUAACACGAUGGUAGAAAACUUUCGUUCAGCUAUUUUUCAAGAUCGUAAACCUGUGUUUGAUGGACGCAAGAACCUAUACACGGCACAACCUCUUCCAAUUGAUAAACAGAAGCUUGAAGUUGAAGUUACAUUGCCUGGUGAAGGCAGAGAUCGUACAUUUACUGUGGCAAUCAAGUGGGCAUCUAGGGUUUCCCUUUAUUCUCUCAAGCUUGCACUUGAAGGAAAAAUGCAUGGCAUUCCAUUUGAAACAGUACAGUCUCUUGAUGUAGUGAUGCGUCAUUUGCCAUCACUAAGAUACACCCCUGUUGGUCGAUCUUUCUUUUCAGCGCCAGAAGGCUACACCCCUCCACUUGGUGGUGGUAGAGAGGUGUGGUUUGGAUUUCAUCAAUCCAUGCGCCCAUCACAAUGGAAAAUGAUGCUUAACAUCGAUGUGUCAGCCACUGCUUUCUAUCGGGCUCAAUCAUGUGUUCAAUUCCUUUGUGACGUUCUUGAACUAAGAAUUGAAGAUUUGAGAUUGAUCAGAGGUUUGACAGACUCACAGCGUGUUAAGUUCACAAAAGAAAUUCGUGGAUUGAAGGUUGAGAUAACUCACUGUGGAACAAUGCGUCGUAAAUAUCGUGUAUGUAAUGUGACAAGGAGAGCUGCUUCUACACAAACAUUCCCACUUCAGUUGGAAUCUGGUCAAACCAUUGAAUGUUCUGUUGCCAGAUAUUUCCAGGAAAAACAUUCAAAGACUCUGCAGUUUCCCUUCCUUCCUUGUUUGCAAGUUGGCCAGGAACAAAAGCACACCUACCUUCCAAUUGAAGUAUGUAAUAUCGUUCAAGGUCAAAGAUGUAUUAAAAAAUUAACUGACAGCCAAACCUCAACAAUGAUCAAGGCUACUGCACGUUCAGCACCAGAUCGGGAGAAAGAAAUUGCGCAGUUGGUUCGCAAAGCUCAGUUUAACAACGAUCCUUAUGUGAAGGAGUUUGGAAUACAGGUUAUUGAUGAAAUGACUGAGGUUCGUGGAAGAGUGCUUCCACCACCCAAGAUUCAAUAUGGUGGAGAUCCUCUAAUGCAAGCUACUCCAAACCAAGGUGUGUGGGAUAUGAGGGGAAAACAAUUCCAUUCUGGUAUCAGCAUAGAUGUGUGGGCAAUCGCUUGUUUUGCUCAUCAGAGAAUGUGCUCGGACCAACAUUUACGAACAUUCAUCAAGAGUUUGCAACGUAUAUCGGAAGAUGCUGGCAUGCCAAUUCGUGGCACCCCCGUCUUCUGUAAAUAUGCACAAGGUUCUGAGCAUGUUGAACCAUUGUUCAGGCACCUGUGCGAUGAGUUCCGUGCCCUGCAGUUAAUUGUUGUUAUUCUACCUGGCAAAACUCCAGUAUACGCUGAGGUAAAGAGAGUUGGGGAUACUCUGCUUGGUAUUGCUACCCAGUGUGUACAGGUCAAGAAUGUGGUAAAAACAUCACCUCAAACUCUUUCCAACCUUUGCUUGAAGAUCAAUGUGAAACUUGGUGGUGUUAAUAACAUCCUUGUUCCAUCACUGAGGCCAAAGGUAUUUAAUGAUCCUGUAAUAUUCUUUGGUGCUGAUGUUACUCACCCACCAGCUGGAGAUACAAGAAAACCUUCCAUUGCUGCUGUUGUGGGUAGCAUGGAUGCCCACCCAUCUCGUUAUAGUGCCACAGUGAGGGUGCAACAACAUCGAGAAGAAAUAAUCCGUGAUCUUGCCAUCAUGGUUCGUGAUCUGAUGGUGGAAUUUUACAAAGCAACUCAUUAUAAACCUGUUAGAGUUAUCAUGUACAGAGAUGGAGUAUCUGAAGGGCAGUUUCAACAGGUGCUGUCAACGGAGCUUCGUGCCAUUCGUGAAGCUUGCACAAUGCUUGAGGUUGGUUACCAACCUGGCAUUACAUUCAUUGUGGUACAGAAGCGACAUCAUACUCGUCUAUUUUGUCGGAAUCACGAGGACAGGAGUGGUAAAAGUGGAAACAUACCAGCUGGAACCACUGUUGAUAUUGGUAUCUGCCAUCCAACUGAGUUUGACUUUUACCUCUGCAGUCAUGCUGGUAUUCAGGGCACAUCCAGACCCUCGCAUUACCAUGUGUUAUGGGAUGAUAAUAACUUCAUGGCUGAUGAGCUUCAAGUUCUUACCUAUCAACUUUGCCAUACAUACGUUCGCUGCACCAGAUCCGUAUCUAUACCUGCCCCAGCAUAUUAUGCUCACUUGGUGGCGUUCAGAGCUCGUUAUCACUUGGUGGACAAAGACCACGACAGUGGUGAAGGUUCCUUACAAAGUGGACAUACACAACACGAUCAAGAUGCACAGUUGCAAGCCAUGUCCAAGGCAGUUGUUGUACAUGAGAAUACUGUGAGGAACAUGUACUUUGCAUGAGUGCAUUCAACUACAUUAGCUCAAGUUUUGCAUGUUUUUAGGAAAAUCUCUGUUUUUGAGUGUUUUAUCUAAUUUCAUUCUAUUUUAUGCGAUGAACAGAGUGCUUUCCACACUUGUAGAAUAUGAACAAUAAUUAAACUGUGAUAACUCCCCACGAUCAAGUGUGGUUGUGAGCAAAUCAUGUUAAUGGUGUAAACCACCAUUUAAUUGUCUGUACUUACCAAGUUCACCUAAUAUAUAUAAACACAUAUUGUAAAAAACCUGAUUGUCAUUGUAUUCAUCCUUACUAGAUUGUACAAACCAUAAUAUCCAACAUAGCUACUACAUAUGUACAAAAUUGUACAGUAUGCGUUAUCCCCCUUAUACUAAUGAUUAAUAAAAUGUACAGCAGUAAGGAUAAACAAAUUGAUUCCAAAAUUGACUGUUUAUGUUCGUUCAUUUAUGCUGCGUGUUGUGAAGCAGCAGAAAGUUCUUGUUUGAUCAAUGCUUGCCACCGUGGUGUUUUUAUACAAGGCGCUGGGUUGCCAGACAAAAGUGAACCCAUAGCAACCACCGAAACCCAAAGAGGUUGCUUACCUGCGUAUGACCGUGUCAUCGCGGACCUUUUGUCUGGCAAGUAUAACCAGUGCCUGUAAUGGUUUCCUCAAAAGAUUGUAAAUGUGUAAUUACUUGUCAAUCCUUUGUACUCUGUACAUAUUCUUUUACUGUACAUACACUUCAGUCGCAUACAAACCAUAACAAUUCCAACUGUAUAAUAUUAAUCUAAACUUUAUUUUGUAUUGUUGUGUUAUACAACCAUUUUAGAAUAACUUUUUAACACAAAAAUAGGCGGAAAUUAUAAUGAAACUCCUGGAGUAGCUGCUUGUAAACAUAGCGCUUGAUGAAAUGUAAAUAAAAUGUUAAUCAAUUAA